CAUGAUAUUGAAAGUGAUAAUCCUAAGCGCCGAACUUGAAUGUCAUUGACUGAGCGGUGGCAACUGCAUGACAACCGGCUUGUGGGACUCUCAGCAUCAAAGCCACGCGGGUCAAACCAUCAACAUGGUGCAGAUGCUGUGCAAGGUGUGGGGCGUGGGCAUGUUCAGCAUCGUGGCGCUGACCACCAGCAACAUCCUGCUGACGCUGCGCCUGAUGCAGGGGCGCGACGACGGCUCGGGCGGCGGCGGCUGCGGGGGCAUCCCGCCCAUCCCCGACUCCGUCCCGCACUCGUGGACGGCGGCGCUCUCCGCCACCAACCACUCCGAGUACCUGGCCUUCCUCAGGGCCGCGGCCAUCAACACGGCCCCGGCGGCGCCCACCACCAGGAGCAGCCCCGCGGGGGAGGGCGCGGGCGGAGAAGAGCAGCCCGCCCCUGGUCGUGGUGGGCAGCGGGUUCCAGGUGGACGAGGCGCGCGGCCGCUGGGACGCCCGCCGCCGCUACAAGACGCACGACCACGUGUUCACGGGGCCGCACUACGGGCGGCUGACGCGCUCCUCGCCCGUGUGCCUCGCCACGCAGACGUCCGUCGACAGGCUCUUCUGGCUCACGCAGAUUUUGUUAUUGAUUCGUUUGAUACAUGA